CGAAGGGAAUAAAUAUAUUGCGACAUGCAUGUUUCACGCGUGUUUUUUAUUUACGAACUGAAUCUGAAUUUUUGAAAGUUUAAUUUGAUGAUAAAAUGAUGGCCAACGAUUUGAAAACAUCAUCGAAAACAUUAGUUGAUGAACUUCGUGAACAAAUUGAAUCAUCUACAUUGAAGCCAAGUCAAAAAUUUAUUACCGGUUCAGAAUGGAAUGAUCUUAAACGUGAACAAAAUCGGACUUUACAGAAUCUUGCUCGUGCUCAUAUUGAAUCAUUUAAUUUUAUGAUAAAUGAAGGUUUACAAAAAGGUUUACAAAAUCUGAAUCCAAUUGGAUUUGAACUGGCCAAUGGUGAUAGAAUUGUAAUACAGAUAAUGGAUUGUGUAAUUUUACGACCAAAUGUAUCGAAUAGAAAUGAAAUAAAAUCAAUAUCAUCACAUCAUUCACUUUGUACAAAACUUUAUCCAUCCGAAUGUCGUAUGGCAAAAACAUCAUAUAAAGCAAAAGUUUCAUUGACAAUAAAUUGGAGUUUAAAUGGUCGUGUUCAGGAUAUAAUUGAAGAUAUUAUUGGUGAAAUUCCUAUAAUGGUUAAAUCUAAUCGAUGUAAUUUGGAAAAAUUAACCCGAUCAGAAUUGAUUCAUCGAAAAGAAGAUUCCGAAGAAUUUGGUGGUUAUUUCAUAAUGAAUGGUAAUGAAUAUUUGAUAAGAAAAUUAAUUGCACAACGUAGAAAUUAUCCAAUGGCAAUUAUACGAUCAUCAUGGAAAGAUAGUGGACAAUUUUUUUCCGAAUAUGGUGUAUCAAUACGUUGUGUACGAAAUGAUCAAAUUGGUUCAAAUAUGGUUCUACAUUAUUUAACUAAUGGAACAGUUAAAUUGAGAUUUUUCUACAAUCGUCAACCAAUAUAUUUACCAUUGAUUUUAGUGCUAAAAGUUCUUUGUGAUGUAUCCGAUCAAUUUAUAUUUAAUGAAUUAAUCAAAACACGUGAAAAUGAUAAUUUUUUUCAAUCAUGUAUUGUUAAUAUGUUACGUAUGGUACAACAGGAAAAACUUUAUACAUCGAAACAGAUUAAAAAAUAUAUUGGUGAACGUGUUCGUAUACGAUAUGAAGCACCAAGUUGGUAUACGGAUGAAGAAAUUACUGAUAAUCUAUUCAGAGAAUGUAUCGCCGUUCAUCUAAAUUCAAAUGUUGAUAAAUUCAAUUUGUUAGUAUUUAUGACAAGAAAAUUAUUUGCAUUUGUACAACGUGAAUGUGCAGAAGAAAAACCCGAUAAUCCAAUGUUUCAUGAAAUUUAUCAAUCUGGUCAUAUUUAUUUUACAUUAUUAUUGGAACGGUUACAAGUGUUUUUGAGUACCGUACGACAAGCAAUCGAACGUCAAUAUCAACAAUCAUUAAGAUAUCGUGAUGCACAUUCAUUUUCAUUAACAACAGCUAUGGUACGUAGAGCUUUAGCAUCAAAAUAUCGUGAAAUUACUAGACCAAUGGAACAUUUGAUUACGACUGGAUAUCUUCGUUCGAAAACUGGCCUUGGUUUGAUGCAAUCUGCCGGUAUGGCUGUUAAAGCUGAAAAAAUUAAUUUCUGGCGUUUUUUAGCACAUUUUCGUUCAGUACAUCGUGGUCAAUUUUUUAGUGAAAUGAAAACAACAGCAUGUAGAAAAUUAUAUCCAGAAGCAUGGGGAUUUCUUUGUCCUGUACAUACACCUGAUGGUGCUCCUUGUGGUCUUUUAAAUCAUUUUAGUGAACUUUGUCAAAUAACUAAUCAACAACAAUCAGUUAGACAUCUGGCUUCAGUUUUAACUGUUUUAGGAAUGGAACCAUUAGAUUCACCAAUCAAACCGGAUUCAAAUUAUUUAAAUGUUCUUUUGGAUGGACGAACAUUAGGUUUUGUUCAUGAAAAUUCGGCUACAAAAAUUGUUAAUCAAUUACGAAUGUGGAAAACAACCGGUAAAGAAAAGAUUCCAUUAACAUUGGAAAUCGGAUUAGUUCCACGUACCGAUAAACCAACACAAUAUCCAGCUUUAUAUCUAUUUUCAACACCAUCACGUAUGAUUCGUCCAGUGUUUAAUUUACUAACACAAAAUAUUGAAUUUAUUGGAACAUUUGAACAAUGUUAUAUGGAUAUUUGUGUUACAAAUUCGGAAUUAAUAUCCGGUAUAACAACACAUCAAGAAAUACGUGAAACAAGUUUUCUUAGUAUACUUGCUAGGCAAAUUCCAUAUCCAGAUUUUAAUCAAAGUCCACGUAAUAUGUAUUCAUGUCAGAUGGCAAAACAAACAAUGGGUACAGCAAGUCAUACAUUAAGAUAUCGAUCGGAUAAUAAAAUGUAUUCAAUAUUAACACCACAAUCACCAUUAGUACGUACAGCUGCAUAUGAUCAUUAUGCAUUGGAUAAUUAUCCAUUAGGAACUAAUGCAGUUGUUGCUGUUAUUUCAUAUACUGGUUAUGAUAUGGAAGAUGCUAUGAUAUUGAAUAAAUCAUCAGUUGAACGUGGAUUUCAAGCCGGUAUUAUUAAUAAAACAGAAGUUAUUGAUCUUUAUGAAUUAGCCGGAUUACGUUCAACACAAUUACAAGAAUUAAUGUUAAAAUUUGGUUAUGAUGAAACGAUUGAUAUUGAUGAAAAAUAUUCCGGAAUGUUUGAUAAAGAUGGAUUGCCAUUUAUUGGAAGAUUAGUUUGUCAAGAUGAUCCAGUUUGUGCAUAUUUAGAUAUGGUUGAAAAUCGUACAAAAUUUCAUAAAUAUAAAAGUUCAGAACCGGCAUAUAUUUUUGAUGUAAAAAUUUUAAGUGAUGGUAAUGAAACAAGAAUAACAAGAGUUGCUAUUUCAUUUUUAAUACGACGAUCACCAAUUAUUGGUGAUAAAUUUGCUAAUCGACAUGGACAAAAAGGUAUUUGCUCAUUUUUAUGGCCAGCUGAAGAUAUGCCAUUUACUGAAAGUGGUAUUAUACCGGAUAUUCUGUUUAAUCCACAUGGUUUUCCUUCACGUAUGACUAUUGGACAAAUGAUUGAAACAUUGGCUGGAAAAUCAGCUUCAAUGCAUGGUUUAGUACAUGAUUGUACACCAUUUACAUUUUCGGAAGAUAAUCUUGCAUCAGAUUAUUAUGGUAAAUUAUUAGAAAGUUAUGGUUUUAAUUAUUAUGGAACGGAAAAAAUGUUCAGUGGUGUUGAUGGCCGAGAAUUAGAAGCACAAAUAUUUAUCGGUGUUGUUUAUUAUAUUCGUUUACGUCAUAUGGUUGGUGAUAAAUAUCAGGUACGAUCAACUGGACCAAUCGAUCAGAUUACACAUCAACCGGUAAAAGGAAGAAAACGUGCUGGUGGUAUUCGGUUUGGUGAAAUGGAACGUGAUUCACUUCUUGCUCAUGGUACAACAUUUUUACUACAAGAUAGAUUGUUUAAUAAUUCGGAUAAAACAUUGGUUCAUAUGUGCAAAAAAUGUGGCUCAAUAUUAUCACCAUAUUUAUUCUCGACAACAACGAAUAAAAACAAUGUCAAUAAUGAAGGAAUAGAUAAAAAUGAUGAAACUAUCAAUGGUGGUGGUGGUGGUGGUGAUCUAGAAGCCGAAAAAAUUCAAUAUUGGAAUUGUAAACUUUGUGAUUCAGCUGAACAUAUUGUAAAGGUGGCGAUACCUUUUGUUUUACAAUAUUUGGUUGCUGAAUUAGCAUCCGUUAAUAUUAAAGUAAAAUUUACGGCAACUUGAUUAAAAUAAAAAUAAAAUUUCCAUUUUUA